CGCUGGAAAAACGCCGCCAUGCACAAACAAACAGACAUCUCGCUAGAAACCCCCACAAAGGCUCUCGUUUUCGAGCAAAAGGACACGCUGUAUAUGAGACUCCAAGGAACGAAAACUUACAGUACCUUUCAGCACCCGGUGGAUGAAAGCCACUCGGGAUAGAACAACCGAUUUUUAUUCGUUUUAAGAACCAUUUUGAAGUCAACGGCGAUGAAAUCCGUGACGUCGAUGGGAGUACCUGUCCUCUUGCUUGCCGCCGUUGCACAAUUCGGAAACGCCGCAGCUUUCUAUGACUUUGUUCCAGAAGGUCAACUAGAUCCUAGUAGACAUACUCCAAUGAUUCGUCGGGGAUCCAGGGUAAAGAGGAGAAUACCCUAUUCUCGAGAGGAAAAGGAUCGACCCGACAAGGGAAAUCCGGACUGUAACGAGUAUGAAUGGAACUACUUGGGCAGCGAAACAAUCCUGCCUUGCCGCGAAUUUGAUAUUGAAGAAGAUGACAGUGAAGGCUUGCUCAGCGGAACUGACGACGAUACUGAGGAUGAUGACGAGGACGACAAUAAUGAUUUUACCGGAGAUAUUGGUGAAGAUACCAGAGCACCCGAAACGGUAGUCACUGUCGAUCCGACAGGUUCUCCUUCACCAAAUGUUGUGAACGAUGUCGUAGUAUCGUUGUACAUAGGAUUGCGUCCCAGAGAGCCAAGUAUUGGCCACAGUCUUAUUUGGGUGACUACCCAAUUUCUGAACACUACUACUGCUGCACAAAACUUCGUUUUUCAUUUACCGCAACGUGAAACCGAUGAUAGGUUGAACGAUCGUCGGAAGCUGGAAAGAGACAACGGAAAUGGCUACCGCAUGGUCUACGACUACACUACUUCAAAGGUGGUUCGAGAAGAUGAUGUUCUCUGGUGGUGGCAGUACAAUCUAACCUAUCACUGCCUUUGGUCGGAUAGUGGUGCCGCUAUCUUGGAUGCGUCGAUCCUGGAUUCCAUCGAUCAAUCAAUUUCAGCAACGCUAUUCUCCGGCAUCGACGACGGUUCCUUUCAAAGGUGGAUUAUUGAAGAGACACUCGAUGACUCCAUACAAGUUAAACACUCGCUCGAAGACGGAAAUAGCGGUCGUAGUCCUGCUUCACCGUUUGAUCCUGCAACAGCGCCCACCACGGCACCGGCAUUCGCAGAAGCUGGCUUUUCUCGAGAACAUGGUUCGUUCGCUACUCCUUUGGAUCAGAAAGACUGGGACUGGCGGAGAUACCUUGGUCUCGGACUCUUUAUAGGAACUGUAUCGGUAACUCUACUUUUAACACAAGUCGCGGCCUACCGUCAAAGACUGCUAACGCGGAAAGAAUUGUGGGGAAAUCUUGGUACUGAAAAAGGAGUUGAUGAGCUUCUAAAGCUCGGUUGGAAAGUCCGAAACGAUAACAUGGAAGUUUAUGACAAGGCUGGUGUCGGUUACCGAGAUGACGACUCAAUGCUGAUUGGAGGCUUUGAGCAAAAAGAGGUUGUGGGAGCCGAGAUCACAGUUACGCAUCCAUCGUCAGAGACCACUCCUGAUAUGACGCAGACUAGUUGAAGGAACCAAAAGUAUUGCUGACAAUACCUCCUGAUGUCACCGCUAGAGAAUCCCGACUCGAACAGAAGAGGAUCGGUCAGCAUAGGAUAAAAGGAGAGGUCGCGCCUGAGGAGGACGCUCUUGCGAUUGAACUCCUCUCAUGACAGCAAAGCUGUGGAGUGCAUCACAAUACCUUAGCCACCAACAUUACAUCAGUUGUACUGUGUUGGAUGGAGGUGUCACUUUGUCGAGGAACUCGGCGGAAACAGGAGAGACAAGCAGAAAGCACUCCUCCGGCAACGACCUAUCUACGCUACAAAUCCUCGUGGAACGUGUGCGUAGAGUUUUUUUGGAAAGGUUCACAGACGCGAACACCAUAAGAUGAAUAGGUGGCCAUAACUUCGUCGCAAAGCUCU